GAUGUACCUACGCGGCCUCAUGGUAUAGUUCUACCAUGACAGAGACAUCCACGCCAUCGAGCUGAUAUUCGGGUAGCUGCCAGGGUCGACGCAGUACCGGAGACUAGUGCAGCAGAGCCUCUGUCAGCACCUAUUGGGCAUCAGCAGUCACCAUUUAUAGUACGUGCAGAUACAUCAUUCACAUCGAGUCCCCACCAUACAUCAGCACAUAAUACACCCCAUCCACCACCAUUGACCGAGACCUGCAGACAUUCUGAGUACCACACAUCACAUAUUUCUCCCAUGGUAGGACCAGAGACAUAUACAUCAGAUGCUUCAGCAGUCACAUUACCGUGGUUGUCUGUCUGUCAUGAUGCAUUGAUGCCAUCUCCGCCCACAGAUGUUCAUAUUUCAGAUCCAUCCGAUGAGGUUUCGCAGGGUCAUGGUAUAGGACUUCCUACGACGCCCGUAGUUGUGCAUAGGUCACAUCACCGCGCUACGACUCCACUAGCCUAUCUAAUUUCAUUAGUUCGUGGUCGCAGUCAAGGUCGAGGAGGCAGAUUCGGAAGUGUUCGAGGCCGCAAUGGUAGAGGACGGGGUGGACGAGGCAGAGGCAGCGGUAGAGGCAAGGGCGGAGAUACUAUUCUAGUCGGAGAUCCGGUGUCACAGCUGUGCGAUGCCGAGCCAUCACAGUUACAGGAUAGGCGUUCAAAACGGCUCAGGAAAAAGCCGUCUUGUGGGACUUAGUGUUGUCAUGUUUUAUCAUUUGUUGCCAUUUUUUGUAACAUGUAUAUGUUCAUGUAGUUUGUAUGUAUUGUUGUUGGUUAUGUGGUGGAGUUUUUUGGAUUUGGUGGUUGGCUGCUGUUGGUGGUGCUUGUGCUUGGGUGGUGAUAUGGUUGUGUUUUUGGGAUUGUUGUUGUUUUCAUAUU